CACCUCAAACGAACGAACAAAAUGCGCGCGCUAACCGCCUUAUCGCUCCUCUGCCUUUUCGCGGCCUAUUCCUGCCAGAGCCACGACCUGGUGAUCGGCCAGACCACAUACGGGGACGUAGCCUUAUACAAGAUCAACGAGGUCAAAUAUGGCUUCCCUCUCUUCGUGAGGACCAGCAUUAUUGAAUACCCAGAACCAGGGCUGCAUAACUUCGCCUACAUCAAAGCUAUCCACAUUAAGGACAAUGAUCGCGAUGGCUCGGGGGGCUACCCUACGAUUUCUGCUGGCGGUGUUGGACAGCGGUUCGUGAAGAUCAAGUUGAAAUCCCAGCGAAGCGGCGGGCUGAACUUCACGGUGACCAUCUAUGGACGAUAUUGAUUUGUUUUCCUGUAACUUAUGUGCGCCUGGUGCAUUAUGUAAAUAAUUUAUUUUCUUGUCAGUAUUAAAGUGCCAUUCAAAUCUUGUUAAUUA